AUGGUUCUAGUGGUCACAAGGAACUGCUCCUUGGGAGAGAGCCUGGACAAGGAGUCAUCAAAUUCUACAGUCUCAACUAAGAUUACAAGUUCUUCUAAUUCCUUGAACCCCAGUGGAAUUUCUCCCAAAACUGUGAGCAGCGGUCACAGCUUGACAACUUUAACUAACUACACAAGAACCUCUUAUUGGUCCAAGUCUGCAGUUUUCUCAGACAGCACCAUUACCAAAGAUGAUGGGCUUUCUGCUUCCACAUCAAGGAAUGAUGAAUCCAUUACUACCAAUGCUGAUCACCAACAAACAACCACAUUCUUUGCUGGGGGGUCCACGUUCUAUACCUCCCCAUCAGAGCUGUCCACACCAACAUUUUCUACCACUCACACCUCCUACAGCCCAGAUAAUGCAAGUCCUGCCUCCCCAUCCAGUCCCAGUGAGACCUCUGCCUCCACUGUGGUCACUGAAGGAACAGACCCCACUCUCACAGGUGAGACAACUGUCCACACCUCUGUGCCAGAUUCAUCUGAGCCUACAGUAUCACCUGAGGUCUCUCAUGCCACAGGCACUGGGAGUUCUGUAGUUCCAUGGAGUCCUGGAGAGGCAUCCACCAGCCGUGCUGUCUCAGGAUCCACUGCCACUGGUGUCACCCAGAUAUCCACAGACCACAGCACCAUGUCCGGUUCCUCUGAUCCUACAGACUCUUCUCUAACCACUUUUACCCAGGGCGAUGGAAGUCCUGCAUCCACCUCAAGUCCCAGUGAUGUCUUUUCUACUUCUAGUGGUUUUGGCCUAACCACCAUGUCCUUUCCAGUGGCAUCCACAGUCUCCAUGGGAGUCUCUGAUUCAUCAGCUCCUACAUUUCCACUAGACACCUCUCAUACCACUGACAAGGCAAGUCCUUCAUCCCCUCUGAGUACAGGUCAAUCACCCACUGGCACUCAGGUCUCUGGACAAACAGCCAUGACUUUCACUCAAGAGUCAAGCGCCUCCACACACAUUUCAGAUUUACCAACACCAUCGGCUUCUUCUGAAACGUCCUAUACCAAGGAUGAUGGAGUUGCCACAUCCCCUUCAAGUCCUGACCAGCUGUCUUCCACCCCUGGGAUUUCAGGAGAGGCAACCACAGGCCUGACUGAAGUGCCCUCUGUCGAUACAGACACACCUAAUGGGUCCGAACCCACCAGUACCUCUGACAGCACAGUUACCAAAAAGGAUGGAAGUUCUGCUUCCACAGCAGGGUUUGAUGAAUCAUUUACCACUCCUGGUGGUGGUCCAAACACAGGCACAUCCUUCCCUCCAGGAUCCCCUUCCUACACCACCACCUCAGAUGUGUCUGCCCCAACAGUUUUGACUUGUUCUUCCUACAACACGGAGAAGACAAGUGCUGCUUCCCAGUCAAGCCCUAGUGAUGAAUUUACCACCAGUGUGCUCUCUGAACAGUCAGCCACGACACUCACAGGGAAACCAAUAGUCCACACCAUUUCUGAUUUUUCUGAGUCAACAGCUUCUUCUGACAGCUCCCAAAUCACCAACACUGGCAGUUCUGCAGCCCCAUCAAGGCCCGGAGAAUUCUCUACCAGCCCAGUUGUCUCAGGACCGACUGCAGCUACAGUCACCCAUCAGUCCACAGAGCGCAGCACUGUGUCUGAUUCUCCUCAAUCUCCAGACUCAUCAGCAACCACAUAUACCAAGGAUAAUGAAAGUCGUGUGUCUACAUCAGGUCCCACUGAAUCUUUAACUACUUCUGUUUCCAGACCAUCAUCCUCACAGACUGCUAUGGAGUCAACUGUCUCUGGAAGCACCUUGGAGUCAUCAGAAUACACAACAUCUUCCUCUAAUACAGGUUCUUCAACUCCUUCAGGCCAUGAUGGAUUUUACACCACUUCUCUGACCACUGGACACAGCACUACAACUUUUACUGGAUUGCCCACUGUCUUUACAACUAUGCCUGAUUUUUCCAAAACGAUCGUUUCUUCUGAAACCUCUUAUACCAAGGAUGCUGAAAGUGCAGUGUCUUCUUUCAGUCCUUCCCAGCUAUCCAGCACACUCUCUGUCUCAGCACACACAACGACAAUCCUGAUGGAGGGAUCUAGCAUGGUUACAGGUACCCCUCACUCAUCAAAACCUACAGUUGUCUCAGACAGCACCGUUACCAAAGAUGAUGGACUUUCUGCUUCCACAUCAAGGACUGCUGAUUCCUUUACUACAAAUGCUGAUCAUGGACAAACAGCCACAUCCUUUGUUGUGGAUUCUACUUUCUCUACUUCCCCCUCAGAGCUAUCCACAACAUCUUCUACCCACUCUUCCUAUCUUACAGAUUCUGUUAAAACCACAAAUUCAUUAACACCCAUCUUUACCAAUGAUGAUGGAAGUACUGGAUCAACAUUGAGCUCUAUCGAAUCAUUUACCAGUUCUCACAGUGAUGUACAAAUGACGGUGUCUUUUACUAUGGAAUCCUCAGUCUCCACAACUGACUCCAAUAUGUCAAAUCCUACAGUUUCCCUCAGUACCUUCCUGACUACUGACAAAGGAAGUUCUUCACCUCCUUUUGGUCCUAGUGUAUCCUCUACAUCCAGUCAGUUAUCUGGACCAACAGCCACAACAGUCUCCUUUACAGAAGAGAGAACUCUCUACACACACAUUUCUGAUAUAUCUACACCAACCAGUUCCUCUGAGACCACCUCUGUCCGCGAUGAAGGAAGUUCUACAUCCUUCUCAAGUUCUAACAUAUCGUCUACCACCCCUGCUGUCACAGCACAGACAAUCACAGGCGUCACAGUGAAAUCCACUCUCUAUACAAGCACCCCUCAUUUAUCCAAAUCUACAGAUACUUUGGAGACUAUUGUUACCAAAGACAAUGGUAUUUCUUCUUCCUCAUUAAAUCUCAUUGAAUCUGCUACCACUUCUGGUAGUGACGCACACUCAAGCACAUCUUUUCCUCAAGGAUCCACCUUCUAUACAAUCACCUCAGAGCUGCCCACACCAUUAUUUUCUACCCAUCAUUCUUACAGCACCGACAAUGCAAGUCCUGCUUCUCCAUCAAUCCCCAGUGAACUCUCUACUCCCACUAUGAUCUCUGAACAAACUACUACAACUCUCGCAGAGGAGCCAACAAUCCAUGCCACCAUUUCAGAAUCAUCUGAAUCAACAGUUUCUUUCUAUAGCCCCCAUCCCACAGGCACUGGGAGUUCUGUUACCCCGUGGAGUCUUGGAGAGGCAUCCACUAAUCCAGUUGCCUCAGGAACAACUGUCAGUACAGUCCCCUUGAAACCCACAGGGCAUAGCACCAUCUCUGAUUUUUCUCAACCCACAUAUUCAUCUGCAACCACUUUCACCAAAGAGGAUAGAAGUUCUAUGUCCACAUCAAUACCCAGAGAAUCUUUUACCACCUCUGGUGGUGAUGCACAAACAACGUUUCAUCCAAGAUCCACAUUCUAUACAAUAACCUCAAAGGUGUUCACACCAACACUUUCUUCCCCCUCUCCCUACAGCACAGACGAGGCAAGUCCUGCUUCCCCAUCAAGCCCCAGUGACCUCUCUAACCCAACUGUACUCUCUGAACAAACCACCAUGACUCUUACAGAGGAGCCAACUCUCUACACCAGUAGUUCUGAUUCCCAAUCUACUGUUUCCUCUGAAACCUCUUUUACCAGAUUUGAAGGAAGUUCCUCUUCAGGCUCUGGUCAGCUCUCUAUCACCACAGGCGUCUCACAACAGACAUCUUCACGCCUAAGUGAUGGGUCUACUGCCUAUACACGCAUCCCUGAUUUGUCCAAAACUACUGUAACCUCAGACACCACUCUUUCUAAAGAGAACACUAGUUUUGCUGCUACUUCAAGUUCAGGUGAAACUUUUCCCACUACAGCUGGAUAUGAAAAAACACCCGCAUCCUUUACUAUGGAAUCAACUGUCUCCACAAUCCUCUCAGAUUUGUCAAAUCCAACAGUUCCACGUGAUACCUUCUAUACUACUGAGAAUACAAGUCCUUCUUACCCAUCUGGUCCUGGUGAAUUAAUUUCCACUGCUCCAGUCUCUGGGCAAACACCCAUAUCUUUUACUGAAGAAUCCACCACCCACACAACCAUAUCUGAUUUGUCCUACUCCACUGGUUCAGUGGUUACUUCCUCUACCACUGUCAGUGGAAGUUUUAUUUCCACAUCAAGCCCUGGUGAAUUAUCCACUACUACUUUGGUCUCUGGAAAAACAACAACAAUUUUCAUGGAAAAGCCAACCUUCUACACAGUUUCUGAUUUGCUUAGUUCUACAGUUUCUGUUGACACCUCUCCUACCACUCAUAGUGGGGGUCCUGCAGCCUCAUCAGGUUCUGGCUCAUUACCUUCCACUACCAUCACAACCAUCACUGAGGAAUCCAGUGUCUUCACCACUGCCACUUAUUCUUCCAACACAAUGGAUUCAUCGGAUGCCCCCAAUACCACUGAAGAUCCUAGUGCAUUAUCUUCAUCAAGCCCCAUCCAUUCCUCUUCACCCCCAGCCUCUGGACAAAUGCCCACCACCUUGGGUGAGAAUUCCACUCUUUUCAUCACCAGCAGUGAGUCUGCCAAACCAACGAUUUCUACUUCAAUCCCCUCUGCCACAAACAGCUCUAGUCCUGCAUCCCCAUCAGCUCUCACUCUUUCUUCUACAACUAGAGCCAUCUCCAGACCAACAGCCACCACCCUCAGAGGAGAAUCUACUGUUUUCCAAAGCAGCACAGGGUCACCAAACAGAACAAUAUCAUCUGACACCUCCCAAACCACAGCUACUCAUGCUUCUUCUUCAGCCUCAGCUAUCACUGGCUUGUCCUUAAGGCCAGUCUCCGGCUCCUCUUCAGCCAUUACAGUUUCCUCUGGUUUUUAUCCUCUGUCCUCCACCUCACACGGCUCUACCCAUGCUCCCGUUACUGGGUUCAGUACCUCUUCAACUCUCCAUCCACGGUUCACUAGCACCCACAGAACUGUGAGGACGACCCAGUCUUCAGCUAUUACACCAAGUAAGUAUUUUUUGUCACUCUGUGAACCUCUCUUGUCCAUUUUCUCUCAUCAACUAAUCAGUUUUGACCUCUUUGUGGUAUUGUUCCAUCCUUUCUGGGCCUUACUGUUGUCAAAGCAUGUCAUCCACAUGGAUGGAUGUUGUCUUUUCUUUGUAGGGCUCUUGCUUUCUUUGUUCAUCUUCUUUCAUAUCUUGUUUCCAUCUUCCCCAUUGUCCCUCCUCAUUGACCUCCUGGGGCUUGAGGUGGUGGCAGAGGGUCUCAUUUUCCUCUUUCAGUGCAAUGCCUAA